AACUAAUUCUUUAUUCUAUGUACUUGCAAAAGCACAUUCACAAACACACACAUAUGCAUAGUCUGCCUGUGGGCCUUUCCACCGAAUCCCUGCUAUUUGCAUGUUGUAACCCGUUAACAUUAAACUUCAUUUUUUAUCUUUUUUUCUAUCACUCUAUCUAAUAACACACGUUUAACUAUACAAAAUGUGUAAUGGUCAAUCUUAGGCCAUUCUAUUUAUAUUUUACAUGGUAAGAUUUUUUCAUUUUUGGUAACAGGAGUGAGUUUUUAGCAUCUUUUUAGCAAAUACAUGAAAUGUAGCCAAAAUGGCAUCAGUGACAUUGACGACACUGAGCACCUUGAGCUGGUUUACCAAAACUAUCUUUUUUUAAAUAUAAUCACAUCUAAGACAUAAUUUAGGUCACAGGACUGAACUUUGAGGUUUACCUUCCUGGUUAUACUUUAAAUAUGAUCAAAAAUAAAGAAAAUAGAGUGAGAGGUGUUACUUUUGGUCUUCCCGUUGCCUUAAGAAGACUCAAAUGAUGCUUGAAUUGAUCAUGUGACUUGUGAAAUGUGCAACAGCGUAUCAGAGUGAAAACCUGCGGACACAACUAAAAUGUGAAGAUUAACUAACAUAUUAUAUACAUAUAAAAAAUAUUUUAUAUCUGAAAAUAAGAGUCACACAAUAAUACAAAAUAAGCUUUCUGAAGAACUCUAAUCAUUAUAUUUCACGGUAAAGUGAGAGUGGGCUGAAAUCCUUUUUUUUUGUAGUGGUUUCUAUUAAGGUUUUACAUAAUUUAUCUUUAAAUUGCAAUUAGAACAAAGUGCAGGACGCUUCAUAAUAUCAUGUAUAGUUUUUACACAUAAUUAUGCAUGUAAUGUCCUAGGGAUGGGAAAGGCACCCAUUUGGCAGUAUUGACCCCCUGUAUGUCCACACAUUUGUAUGGAAGCCCAUUUCUGCCAAUGUGACAGAAAACGAUUCUGUAAAUCAUUAUAAUGAGAAACUUUCUCAAAAUAUUGAUAUAUCUUAUAAUACUGACUUUGUGAUACUAAGUCCUUAUUUUGAGAUGCUAAAAAAAAUUACUUAGGUUAAAGGUUUCUCAUUAUUUUGAGAUACUAGGUAAAAAUACUGAGAAGGUUUCUCCUUAUAAUGAUUUACAUAGUCUUUUUUUUUUUUUUUUUUUUUUCGGUCAUAUUGGCGGAAAUGAGCUUCCAUACAUUGUGUAAACUUCCCCCAGGCUCGCCCCCACCUCCCUUCCAGGUAGAGCAUCAUACUGUAGCAGGGCCCUACUCUGCGCUCUGCUGGACGACAACUGAUCAUCACACACACACACACACACACACACACACACACGUAUUUUUAUCCUGCAGAAGAGGGGCGCAUUUCGAGCAUUUCGCCCCCCCCCCGCUCAUUAUGAUCACACCGCCGUGUUUCGCGUGAACAGCCCACUCGCCCUUUUCAUUGGUGCCUUGUGUGCGCUGGGAUGGGCACAAUCCUGCAGGAGCGAGUGCCACAACAAUGCCUGGAGUGGGUCUCCAUCAGGGAGAGGGACUGGAAGAAGAAGGCGUCGUGGAGCAACAACAGGCCUAAUGUGGGCAGCAACAAAAUGGGCCGGCGGCAGUCACAAAGGAAGUCCCUGCAGCCACAGUGCACGAUCCCGAGUCAGGAGAAUAAUAAUGAGAAGAAGCUGCAGCAGAGAAGAAAGCACAAGUCUAACACACCCUCAACCAAACGCAAUACGUCUCAACACAGUGCUCAGGGAACCUCAGAGUCUAAGUCCCCUGCGGAGGACAGGAUGGAGCCGAAGGUGCGGCCUGCUGCUCAACACUGCAGCCGCAGAGAACACAAACACACAGGUGUCAGAGGGAGCAGACACACACCAGCCUUCCCCUGCCACCGCCUGACUGAUUCAAGUCCUGAUCUGCUGGAGAGACUGUCAUCGAACCCUGAGGCAGGAAGUCUGAGCGGCCACGGAGAAGGUGACAGCGACAGCGACUUGUCUGAGUCAGAGAGACUUCCUGUGUGGCCCUCUGGUCGGGUUCCUCCACAGCUCGAGCUGAGGCCAGAGGUCAUCGAGGCUGAAGACUGCUCCCCUCGCGGCCGAGGGCCCAAAGGACGCCAUGGUGGUUUUGACUUCCCAGACUUCCUUCCUCCACCUUUUAACUCCUGGAACCUCAGUCAGCUGGCGGUCUUCUACAACAUGGAGGGCCGGGGGGCCCCUCGACCCAGGCCUGUGGGCCCUUUGGAAAGGUACCUGGAUAGGCUGCUGCAGCUGGAGUGGCGCCAGAUCCAGACCUCCCAGGAGGAGAGUGGGAAGUCAGCGGUGUCGGAUGUCAUAUCCAGCUGCCACAGGUCCCCUGCCGCUGCCUCGUCGCGCCUCAGCUCUCCAAAGUGCAUCCUCCAGUGUCAGCGUGCCUUCCCCCUCACCUUCCUCUCCUCUCUGGCCAGCCACUCUGCCCUGCUCUCCGGCUGUGCCUGCACCCUCUGCCGUAUCCGCUACUCCACCUGUAACACGUCGUGCUGCCGCUCUGGCCUCAGCCACAGCCGUCAGUCCAGGCUGAGCCCCAUGCUGGAGCGCAGGGGUCCAGCAUCGCUUCCUAAAAGGAGCUACAGCGAGAGCCGGGUGCACCCCUCUGACAAGAGCUCUGCGUCCCAGGCUCAGAGGUUCAGCAGCCCUGUGAGGACCAACAACCACCUGAGGAGGAUGCAAGCCUCGGGCAACAUCCGCAACCCCGUUCAAGGUGCUAAUGCGAAACCUAAUUCUACUGCCAGAGACUCUAGUGCCGGGGCUGAGAGGGAGCGCUCGGGAACGUGGGGGGAUGUGUUGGACUACAGGACAGCGGGGUUUAGGAGGAGGAGCGGCUCAGAGCAGAGGAGAGGCGGGGUAGAGAGAGGUGCAUCGGAGAAAAGACGGAGCGGUUCUGAGUGUAGGAGAGGAGGAGCUGAGCGGAGGAGAGCAGCUGAGCUCAAGGAACAGGAAAUAAAACCAGAUGCCGUCACUGCAAUAAUGGACAAUUUGCCUGGGUCCAAAAAAUCUCCUAGAAACAGACCAAACAGACCCAAACAGGUUGAAUUUGUUACAUAACAACAAUGUGAGUACUGUAAAUUCAAUCUCAGGGUUCCGACAUAUUAUACCUUUCAACAUUCCAGACUUUUCCAGACUAAAAUUUUGGACAAAACCAUUUUGGACAUCUCAUUACAAAUAGCUAGAUGUUUAUUAUGUAAAUAAUUGAUUUUAAACUCCAAUGUAUGCUUCAUGCUAUUACAGCAUCUGUGCAACCUUGUUUAUUUACUGUGUCCAUGCAAACGACGAUGAUAAUAAAGGUUUCCUUACACAAAAAACAUAGUUUACUUUAAACUACAUCACUGCAGAACUCAUAAAUGUUCACACAAGCUAAAUAUCUGUCCUAGGUUUCUGCCUUUUAACAGGCAGUUUUUCCUUGCCCUUGUCGCCAAGGUCUUGCUCAUGGUGGUACUGUUGGGUCUCUGUAAAUAAUGUUUUAAAGAGUUCGGUCUAGACCUGCUCUAUUUGAAAAGUGUCCUGAGAUAACUUCUGUUAUGAAUUGGCGCUAUACAAAUAAAAUUGAAUUAUUUGGAUUUGAUGUAUAUCCGCAAUUCAGAGAUACUGCAGCAUUUUCUUUCAUACUAAUUUGUUUGUAGAUGUCUUGAUUUGGUCUUGACUGGGACAGCCCUCCAGUUUGACUCUUUAGUAUUGCCAGAUUCAUGUGUCGGGGAGAAGUCUGAGAUGAGGAAGGGCAUCUUGCUUGAAACAUCCAUCUGUCAAUAUUAAAAACCACUGUCCCAGUCUUUCUUCUUUUUUAUUUAUUUUUAGAAAGGAAACAAAUAUUUUUCCAUACUUAUCCAGAUCUGAAAAGGACUCAAAUCAAUUCAAAUAUUUUUUCCACACUGCGUAGGAACCCUGCAAUCUGUACACCACAGCUACAGUCAACAGAAUGUAUAUUUUCAGUCAUGUUUGGUUGACAGGAAUGUAACAAGACUGUAAAUGUAUUUUUCUACCAGUGGAUGUUAUGUUUGACCAGAUGUUUUUCUCCUCAGCUUUGUGUUUAAUCCAGUGCUGUAAGUGCAGUCAGAUAAGCUAAUGCAGCAGUGGAUGUUCACAUGCACUACUGAUCAUACAUAAAUCUUACGAGCGUCAACCCGGUAAGCCUUCGUCAGCACAAGACAUUGUGUAUGUAUUUGUAUUCAGGAUUUUCAACACAUAGUGACUCUGGUUUGGUUUGUCAACAAAAUAACACACAAUAAAAGUUAUUAAAGUAUAACCAACGAUUAUAA